AGGGCGGAAGCGGCGGACCCGGAGGGCGGAAGCGGCGGACCCGGGAGACGGCUGCUUCCGGCGUCAGCGGCGCUGCUGUUGCGUUCGCGCGAUGGCUGCGUUGGGUCGGCAGGUCUUGGAUUGGCACCGCCUGAUCCCCCUCACCUGGUCCCUUAUUGCUAGGCAGACUACUCGGCUUGGAGAACAGAAGAGGACGGCUGCUUUUUUGCUGCAUAAACUGACAACGGUCUCCAGCGGGGGGGGCCUCGGGGAGUCACCCUCUGUUGAACCCCAGAAGUACGCGCAAGAACCAGAGCACAGGACGGGGCUGACUCAGUGCCUCCUGGAGAAGCAGAGGACGGCUGUGGAGCGAGAGAAGGUCGUCAGUUCCCUCCUGGACAUGGGUUUCACUGAUGUCCAUGUUAACGAACUGCUCAGUAUACAGCCAGGCACCCACCCUCAGCAGUUGCUGGAUAUCAUUUCAGAAUUAAUACUCCUGGGUCUGAGUCCAGAGCCUGUGUGUGUGGCCUUAAAGAAAAGUCCCCAGUUACUGAAACUGCCUGUCAUGCACGUGAAGAAGCGCUCCAGUUACCUGCGAAAGCUGGGGCUUGGAGAAGGGAAAUUAAAGCGGGUGCUUUACUGUUGCCCUGAAAUUUUCACCAUGCGUCAGCGGGACAUUGAGAGCAUCGUCGGGGUUCUCAAGGAGAAGUGCCUUUUCACGGUAAAGCAAGUCACCGAGAUUUUGCACAGAUGCCCCUGUGUUCUUCGGGAGGACCCUGGUGAACUGGAAUACAAAUUCCAGUAUGCCUAUUUCAGGAUGGGGAUUAAACAUGUGGACGUGGUGAAGACCGACUUCCUGCAGUACUCCAUGACCAAGACCAAGGAGAGGCACGUGUUCCUGGAGCGCCUGGGCCGGUACCAGACCCCCGACAAGAAGGGGCAGACGCUGGUCCCCAACCCUUUACUCAAGGACAUCCUCAGGGUUUCAGAAGCUGAGUUUCUGGCCAAGACAGCCUGUUCUUCUGCUGAGGAGUUUGGGGUUUUUAAGGAACUCUUGGCCCGGGAGGAGGAGGAGUCUGAGGGCCGAAUGGCUGAUGCCGGAAGCCCGGAGGAGGCGGGGCCGUGACGGUCGGACUGGAGUGCAGAGAAGCCCAGACGGAUCGGAGGGUACUGUAGUUUCCUCAAGGCUUUUGGGAACUUCACUUGGAUCUUCUCAGGUUAUUUUUCAUUCUCAAACUGGUCUUUUGAUAAAAAAUUAAUUGGAAACCACCUGAGAAGUAGACUAAGAAGCGGAUGCAUUGGUUUGAUCUGCCACCAGGUUCGGGGGGGGCCCUGUUCCAUCCUGAGUCAAAGGCUGACUUUGAGCCUCUAAAUCGUGGGGGGGGCUCGACGCAUCGACGUUCGGUCUUACUUUUUCUCUCCCAUCUGUGUUGGUGACAGUCCCGUGACAGUGGGGGAUGUUUCUUCUGGUUCAGGAGUCAUUUUACAUCCUCCUCGUGACAAAGACAGAGUUCUGAGAAGACAGCGAGCUUUUAGGUUAUCACAGCACUUUAUUUUAUGAAAACAAGGAGCAGCUUUUCCACAAAAAUACUCAGGUUUUCAGUUCAAAAAUAGCUUAUGGUUUUGUAAUUGCAGUCAUUGUACAGCAGAGUAAAAGGAAGUUGAUUAGUGAUGUAUGGUUUUGUUCUGCACAGCUUCUUAAUGCCAGCAAUGCGGGGAGGGCGCUUUUUGCAUCUUUGUGAAGAGCGGGCCCUGACUCUGACCACCGGCGGAGUUUGCUUUCACGCCAGCUCAGGCCCAGGGGGUUGUGUCCAGGCCUGACGUCUCUGGCGUCCGUGGAGUUCUGACCUGGAGCCAGGGCCACAGGUCUGGGCUUGGUUUCGUUUCAGGGAGCUCUCCGUGACACCAGAGGUGGCGGAAGGCCCCUUGGGGAGGCCGGUGGGUCUGAGGAGUGACUUGAAGAGUUGGGGUUGGGGAAUGGGCUUGGAUGUAAGCCAGGGGUCAUCUCUGAGGUAGAGGUGCAGCCCUGAUGGCGUGAGCUCUGCGAGGGGUGGGAAGAUGGGAUUCCUAGAAGGUUCUGGAGGUUCCUUUCUUGGGGGGAGCUGGCACAGGACUGAUGCUGCAGAAGACAUUUUUGGUGAUGUGCCCAAAACUCAGGUCUUUACAGCGUUUUAACAGCUACACACGAGACUGCUGGUGCUUGGCCUCGCUUUUCUUGCAGAGACCACGUAAGUCCUGUCAGGUGGCAGUUCUCACCUGGGGGUGAUCUUGACAACAGGGAACACCUAGCAACAUCUGGGGACAUUUCCCAUCUGGUUGUUAGGACCAGGAGGGUGUGCAGUUGGGGUCUACUGGGGUCUAGUAGGUCGAGGCCAGGGCUGCUUCUAAACAUCCUACAGUCACAGGACAGGCCCACGACAGGGUGAGCCAGCCCAAAGAUAGCAGUGCCAAGGCUCAGACACUGCUCUAAGGCCCCAUUUAGCAAAACGCGACCGUGUUGAUUCGUGAGGACUUAAGAUUUUAAAUGGGCUUACAUUUGUUUCUCUUUUAUUUAAAAGUAAAGUAAAUAGCUGAUUUUUAAAGAGAGUUCCUUUCUCCUCUGUACUGGGAUUCUCUUGGUAGAUUUGAGCUGUGUUGUAUUGUGGGUAGAUUUGAGCUGCAUUUACUGAGGUGUAGAUGCUUUUGCUUUCUCCAGGCUCAUAUUCGAGCAUGACUGCAAAGAGAAAGACAUUUUUUUGCAAAAGAACAGUAGCUCAGUGAGUCCCUCCACACGUGAGUCCGACAUCGGUGGCAGUUGUUGGCCAGUGGCAGGAGUUCCAGCCCAGGGAAGGUGCUGGAGGUUGGCUGACACCGGGUGGAGCCCUUGCCUGUUGGUGUGGCUGGUGGGUGAGCAGCAGGGUACCGCAUAGCUUUUCUCAUUUGCACCCACGUCAGUCCUUGUGCAAGGGGAAAAGGGAGGUUUUGUCUUUACUGUCUUUCUUAGCCAUGGGCAGAAUGAUUUGAAAGUAAAGAGAUUUCAUUUUUCA